UGGUUCAUAGGUUGAUGCUCAACUACUGAGCCACUUGGGCGGGGCAAAUUUGGGACCUUUCUUGCUAUGAGCCAUUGAGUCUGGAAGUUUUUGGAGUUAUUUUUUGGUGUGAAUUGGCUGGUGGAGAGUUAGUGAAGCAUGGUGUCUUUGUUGGGGGUGAGUUCUCUUACUUAACUUGGAGGGGAUCAUUUCCAUAAAAAUGGCUUUAGGCUUGUCUAUGUAUUUUUGUAACUAAGAUUGACAAAGACUUUGGGCCUUUGAGGUUUCCAAAAAAAGCUUAAAAAUUGACUCCCCCUGUAUUUGUUUUUGUUUUGUUUUGUUGAUGGCUUCGAACCUUCUGCUAGGAAGAGACCUGGGAAAUUAAGUUUCUGGCAGAGUGUGGUGGGGAUUGCAGCUGCUGAGCAGGGACUCUGGAAAGUAUUGUGCACCUGAGCCCCCAGCAUGGCGGGCCUGAAGCGGCGGGUGAGCCAUGUGUGGCCGGAAGAGCAUGGGGAGCAGGAGCAUGGACUGUAUAGCCUGCAUCGCAUGUUUGACAUCGUGGGCACCCACCUGACACACAGAGACGUGCGCGUUCUUUCCUUCCUCUUUGUUGACGUUAUUGAUGACCACGAGCGUGGCCUCAUCCGAAAUGGACGUGACUUCUUAUUGGCGCUGGAGCGCCAGGGCCGCUGUGAUGAGAGUAACUUCCGCCAGGUGCUGCAGCUGCUGCGCAUCAUUACUCGCCAUGACCUGCUGCCCUAUGUCACCCUCAAGAGGAGGCGGGCCGUGUGCCCUGAUCUUGUAGACAAGUAUCUGGAGGAGACAUCAAUUCGCUAUGUGACCCCCAGAGCCCUCAGCGAUCCAGAACCAAGGUCUCCUCAACCCCCUAAAACAGUGCCUCCCCACUAUCCUGUGGUGUGCUGCCCCACUUCGGGCUCUCAGAUGUGUAGCAAGAGGUCAGCUCGAGGGAGAGCCACACUUGGGAGCCAGCGAAAACGCCGGAAGUCAGUGACACCGGAUCCCAAGGAAAAACAGACAUGUGACAUCAGACUGCGGGUUCGGGCUGAAUACUGCCAGCAUGAGACUGCUCUGCAGGGCAACGUCUUCUCUAACAAGCAGGACCCACUUGAGCGCCAGUUUGAGCGCUUUAACCAGGCCAACACCAUCCUCAAGUCCCGGGACCUGGGCUCCAUCAUCUGUGACAUCAAGUUCUCUGAGCUCACCUACCUCGAUGCAUUCUGGCGCGACUACAUCAAUGGCUCGUUACUAGAGGCACUGAAAGGUGUCUUCAUCACAGACUCCCUCAAGCAGGCUGUGGGCCAUGAAGCCAUCAAGCUGCUGGUGAAUGUGGACGAGGAGGACUAUGAGCUGGGCCGACAGAAACUCCUGAGGAACUUAAUGCUGCAGGCCUUGCCCUGACCUUCCCUCAUGGGACUGGACCCACCACUCACCUCUGGAGCAUAUGUACUGUUCUGGGGUUUGUUCUCUCCCCUUCCACCUGAUCACACCCCUUUUUUUUUUUUUUUUUUUUUUUUUUUUUUUAGGAAAAGACAAAGGAAAACGGAAGUGGUGUUUCCCACCCCUCCCUGCACCCAUGUGCCUGGAUUCCCGUUUCCCUUUCCACUCACCCCCUAUGUGUCUGCAGCUACCUUACCACUGAGCCGCAAGACAGAUGUAUAGGGAGAAGCAAAGUUUGGAGGACAGACUGAAGUGAACACUGCAUCUGGGUGCAUUGAGGGGCUGUCGGUACUUCUGGCUUUAAGAGGGCUCUUACAUUUUGUCUGAAAAACCAAAGGGCUGUGAGUAAGGGAGCUGUGUUGUGUGGGAGGUGAGACUCUGAAGUGUAUUUUGGAAAUUCACCACCACCCUCUCCCAAAUUAUAGAAUUUUUAAAAAAGAAGCUGUGGCCCUUUCCACUCUC